UUUUUACAGAGACUAUACAUACGUAAUGAGUUCAUCACCAUGUUCCGCUCCUCUUUCUUUUUUUAAAAUUUGUUCUGUUUCGUUUCAAUCACUACUGAUUCUUCAACAAAUGGAUCCUAACUCUCUCUCUCUACUCAAUUCUCCAAAAAUGGAAAACGAUUAUGAUCCAGAUUCGCUAUACGACAUGUUAAACAAGUUGCCUCCGUUAGAGUCUCUCCUCAAUAUAGAAGAUCUGAAACCAACUCGGGGUUUGCAUUUUCAGUUUCAGUACGAAAGCUUUGAAGAUCUCUUCGAGAGCAUUGACAUGACUAACAUAAUCCCAUCUGAUGAUAUUGACAUGCCGGCACAAGAGCCCUACAUCUCCAGUGGUUCAUCCUCGCCAUUGGCUGUUGAAAACGACUGUCCGAGUUCGAACGUGAGAUCUGAAAAGAGGACAGUGAAGAAGAGGAACUCUAAGAAAAAGAGGCAGGACAAGUUAGAGAUGUCUGAGAUCAAACAGUUCUUCGAUAGACCAAUCAUGAAAGCUGCGAAAGAACUGAACGUGGGACUUACCGUGUUGAAGAAGCGAUGUAGGGAACUAGGUAUUUACCGGUGGCCUCACCGGAAGCUCAAGAGUCUGAACUCCCUCAUCAAUAAUCUCAAGAGUGUUGGAAUGGAGGAAGAAGUGAAGAACUUGGAGGAACAUAGGGUUCUUAUAGAACAAGAACCUGAUGCUGAACUCAGUGAUGGAACCAAGAAGCUGAGGCAAGCUUGUUUCAAAGCUAAUUACAAGAGACGAAAGUCACUUGCUGAUGAUUACUAUUGA